AUGCCACCACCUCACACCCAAUGCAGCCAAAUCUACGCCACUCUCAUCCACGCUUGCGCCCGCCACCACUCCCUCCAACAAGGCCUCUCUCUCCACCACUACAUGCUCUCCCAAACCCCUCCCGACCUCUUCCUUUCCAACCACCUCAUCAACAUGUUCUCCAAAUUCGGCUACUUAGACCGCGCUCACCACCUGUUCGACCAAAUGCCCAGCAGGAACCUCGUCACCUGGACCGCCCUCAUUUCCAGCUACGCACAGCGGGGCCUGUCUGAGACUUGCUUUCGUUUGUUUAAAUCCAUGUUGCCGCAUCACCUCCGGAAUGAGUUCGCAUUUUCCAGCGUGCUUAGCUCCUGUGCCGAUGGUGUUCAUGGCCGGCAGGUACACGCGCUCGCUUUGAAAUUGUGUUUGGAUGCUGUUGGUAACGUUGCCAAUGCUCUUAUUACAAUGUACAGCUAGGUAGGCGCAUUUGAUGUUGGCAGAGGAGAUGAUGCGCGGAAGGUGUUUAAAACCAUGGAGUCGCCGAAUCUUAUAUCCUGGAACUCCAUGAUUGCAGGGUUUCAGUGUCGCGGGAUUGGAGAUCAAGCUAUUCGUCUGUUUGUACAAAUGCACCUUGAUGGACUCGAGUUUGACUGCGCCACGCUUCUCAGCGUUUUUUCUUCUUUGAAUGGAGUAGAUGGCAUUGAUGAUAUGCUGGUCACUAAGUUUUGUUGUCAACUGCAUUGUCUGGUUAUCAAAAGCGAGUUUAUAUCAGGAAUUGAAGUGGUCGCCACGUUAGUUAGAGCUUAUUCGGAUCUUGGAGGUGAUGUUGCUGACUGUUACGGGCUUUUCAAAGAGACAAGCUGUCAGCCUGAUAUUGUUGCGUGGACAGGCAUUAUGAUGAUAUAUUCCCAGCGGGACCCUGAAGAAGUAGUCUGCCUUUUUCGUCAGUUACUCAGGGAGGAUUUAACUCCAGACAGGUAUACCUUCUCAAUUGUUUUGAAAGCUUAUGCUAGCCUUGCAACCGAGCGCCAUGCUGCAGCGGUUCAUUCUCAAGUGGUCAAAGCUGGGUUUGGGGAUGACACAAUCUUUGCAAAUGCUUUGAUCCAUGCCUAUGUUCGCUGUGGCUCCAUUUCCUUGUCUAAGCAAGUGUUUGAUGGAAUUGAGUUUCGUGAUGUUAUUUCGUGGAAUACAAUGCUCAGGGCUUAUGCCUUGUACGGACAAGCUGCAGAGCCUCUGCAGCUAUUUUCACAAAUGGACAUCAAACCAGAUUCUGCUACCUUUGUUUCUCUCUGCGCUUGUAGCCAUGCUGGAAUGGUAGAAGAAGGGACCAGAAUUUUUGACUUCAUGCUUGAGAGAUAUGGAAUUGUGCCUUUAUGUGAUCAUUAUGCAUGCAUGGUUGACAUUCUCGGUAGAGCUGGACGAGUUGGUGAGGCUGAGAAGCUUAUAAGUAGAAUGCCAAUAAAGCCCGAUUCUGUAGUUUGGAGUGCACUCCUCGGAUCAUGUAGGAAGCAUAGAAAUACACAGUUCGCCAAGUUAGCAUCUGAUAGGCUGAAGGAGUUGGCUCCAAAGGGUUCAUUAGUUUAUGUACAAAUGUCAAAUAUAUAUAUAUAUAUAUAUAUAUAUAUAUAUAAUAUAUAUAUCUGUGAUGGUAACUUUGGUGAAGCAGGCCUAUUUAGGAAGGAACUGGAAGGGUCUGGAGUGAAAAAGGAACCUGGUCUAAGCUGGAUUGAGAUCGGAAAUCAGGUACAUGAAUUCUCCUCUGGAGGCCGGCACCAUCCGGAAAGAAAUCUUAUAAGCAGAAAACUAAAAGAAAUGAUAGAAAGGUUAAAGGAAAUUGGUUAUGUUCCAGAUACGACCUCAUCCUUGCAUGAUGUGGAAGGGGAGCACAAAGAGGAGCAGUUGUACCAUCAUAGUGAGAAGCUAACUUUAGUGUUUGCUAUUAUGAAUGAAAGAAGUUUACGUUGUGGUAGGACUGCUAUAAAAAUAAUGAAGAUAUCAGAGUGUGUGGAUUGCCAUAACUUCAUGAAGUUGGCAUCAAAUCUACUAAAGAAGGAUAUAGUCGUGAGAGACUCAAAUCGUUUCCACCACUUUAAAGAUGGCAUAUGUUCUUUGCAAUGA